AUGCGUCGCGCCGACGUGCUCGCGUGCCAGAUCCAGAGCUGGUACCCCAAAUUCCGCUCCGUCUCGCUCCGCACGGAGAUCAUCCGUCUCCCGCCCGAAUUUAUCGACUAUCUUCUUUCUGACGGAAUCUUCCUCCCAGCUUCGUGUAAGGCGUUGCCCACGCGCACACGAGUGGGUGAGUGGGAGGCACAUUGCGAUGACUAUGAGGGGAUGAAGGAGGAGGACGAUGAAGCAGACGAGCCGGACGUGCCUUCCUUCCCUGCACUUGAGGCUGCUGUUGACGCCGCUAUUGCGCGGCUGGGAGGAUCCGUGCUGCCAAAACUCAACUGGAGCUGCCCUAAGGACGUGGGAUGGCUGAGUGCGACGGGCACACCCAAGUGCAGCAACGCUCAGGAGGUCUUUCUGCUGCUCAAGGCCUCCGACUCCCUCACCUACGACCUCUGCCAUGCUUUUGACAGUUGUGUUGACACUUCUGCGACUGGAGAUUCCCCAGAAGCGGAAGCACCUGCCGAUGGUUGCGAGCCUUCCAGCGACAGGAGCAAUGGUGGAGCACGUGUGGCGGCUCCAGAAGCAGAUGGAAAGCAGCAGGAGCAUAGCAAUGCUGGCAGAAUGAAUGGCGAUGCUGAGCCACGGCAAGAGCCGCAGGUGGGAGAGGUGCAGCAGCAUGAGUGCGGGCGGCAGAGCCGUCCCUCCGAGUUUGUGCUUGCCUUGCGCAAGUGGUUUGACCUCUGGCCAGAAAUGGAGUUCCGCUGCUUUGUCAAGGCUCAUCGACUCAUGGGAAUUAGUCAGAGAGAGAUCACAUCCUUCUACCCAUUUCUAGUCGAUUCUCAUGAAAAUAUCAAGCUCCAGAUAUGUGACUUCUAUGACAACCGCAUUCGUGGAAAAUUUCCUUCUACUGACUACACUUUUGACAUCUACAUCACUCGUGAUGGCCGUGUGAAGCUGGUUGAUUUCAACACGUAUGGUGGAGCCACACUACCUCUUCUUUUCUCCUGGGAAGAGAUAGAUGGUAUGCACUCAGAAAGAUGUGUGAUGCACGAGGCAUCCAGAGCUACCGGUGAUUCCAACUCAUCAGCUGAGCAGCUGGGUAAUGGAGAACCUGGGUGUUUUGCUUUAAAUUCAGUUGAGAUGCGGAUCGUGGAGUCGCGGAGUGGUGUUCAGUUGGGGUUGAGAGCUGCUAGUGGCGCCCCGUUUGAUCUCCAUGAUAGAUCAGAGGGGAGCGCCUUUGAAGAGCUCAUGGAGAAGCUCAAGGUGGAGUGCAUAGCAGAUCGGGAUGGCAGUAGUGAUGAUGAGGAUGCUGGUUAG